AUGAAACGAAGAAAGAACAAAGCAGAAAUGUUAAAGUGGAUUAAAAAUCUAGAGUGUGGAACUGAACUGUGGUUGAACACUGAACUCCACGGCAACCUCAACGCCAGCAGCACCCUGUCCUCCACAUUCUAUCUCACAGGUGUCCCUGGCUAUGAAGAAUUUCACCACUGGAUUUCCAUCCCCUUCUGUCUCCUCUACCUUGUUGGAGUAAUGGGCAAUUGCACCAUCCUGCAUGUCAUCCGGACAGAUCUCAGGCUGCAUGAGCCCAUGUACUACUUUCUGGCAAUGCUUUCUCUCACUGACUUGGGUAUGUCCCUGUCCCCGAUGAUAACACUUUUCAGGGUGCUGUGGUCCAUUUCUAGGGAGAUUCAGUUCAAUAUCUGUGUGGUCCAAAUGUUUUUGAUUCAUACUUUCUCCCUCACUGAAUCAUCUGUGCUCUUGGCCAUGGCCCUGGACCGAUAUGUAGCUAUCUGCCAUCCACUGCGAUAUGCUACCAUUCUCACCCCAAAGCUGAUCAUCAAGAUUGGGACUGCAGCCCUGCUCAGGAGUGCUAUUCUAAUGAUUCCACCUCUUGCUCGUCUGGCAUUCCUUCCCUUCUGCCAUUCUCAUGUUCUUUCUCAUUCUUAUUGUCUUCACUAGGACAUGAUUUGCCUUGCCUGUGCUGACACACAAUUUAAUGUUUUAUAUGGUUUGGUUUUGACUGUUAUGCUAUGGGGCCUGGACGCUCUGGGAAUUUUAGUAUCUUACUGCUUCAUCCUUCAUUCUGUGUUAAGAAUUUCAUCCCGUGAGGGGAGACUGAAGGCACUCAACACAUGUACCUCUCACAUCUGUGCUGUGCUCAUUCUGUAUGUGCCUAUGAUAGGGUUAUCUACUGUCCAUCGUUUUGCCAAACAUUCCUCUCUCCUUGUCUACAUUUUAAUGGCUCAUAUCUACUUAAUGAUUCCACCAGUGCUCAAUCCAAUCAUCUAUAGUGUGAAAACUAAGCAAAUUCGCCAAGGUGUCCUCCACUUAUUUCUUUGCCCCAAAGUUGGUUCUGUGAAUUUGCAAAAAAGGCAUGAGCAAAAUGAAACUGGAAAGAAGGAGACUGCAAAAGAUGAAAGACUUUUGUCAGGGAAUAUCAGAAUUGGCAUCUGGCAGUUUCUUAUCGAGCUGGAGCUGAAGGGAUUCACAGUGUGUUCUACAAUGCUGCAGACUUUGUAUGAAUUUGUUGGAAGGUUUCAACAUAAAUUAUCAAAAGAUCAACAAGCUGGUCUUGACUCAGCCAAUUUUGCUGAAUUGAACACAGCCAUUGUUUUACAUGGAGAGCACCUCACUGUGUUAGACUACACAUGCAUUUCUCUCUGA